AUGUCCAACGAGGCGGGCAUUCGACCAUAUGUAGACACAACCAUCUCGGUGAUUACCAAUGACGGUCGCAGCAUAGUGGGCGUCCUGCGAGGCUUCGACCAGACGUGCAACCUGAUCCUGGAUGAGUGUCACGAGCGCGUCUACUCCUCCAAGGCGGGGGUGGAGCAGCUGGUGCUAGGCCUCUACGUCAUCCGUGGCGACAACAUAGCUGUCAUCGGAGAGGUGGACGAGGAGCUGGAUGCCCAGCUCGACUUUGACAGCCUCCGGGCGGAGCCGCUGCAGCCUGUAACGCACUGA